UCCGGUCCCGGGGGCGGAAGUGGAGCCCCGAAGGCGCCGCCGGCCCUGCUCCUGCCGCCUCCCCCCUGCCCGGCCCCGUGGAGAGUUGCCAGAAGGAUGGUGAAAUGCUGUUCGGCCGUCGGAUGUGCUUCCCGCUGCCUGCCGAAUUCCAAGUUGAAAGGCCUGACGUUCCACGUAUUCCCCACCGACGAGAAAGCCAAGAGGAAGUGGGUCUUGGCCAUGAAGCGUCUGGACGUGAACGCGGCUGGCAUCUGGGAGCCCAAGAAGGGAGACGUGUUGUGUUCGAGGCACUUCGAGAAGGCCGAUUUUGACCGCAGCGCGCCCAACGUCAAACUCAAACCCGGGGUGGUGCCGUCCGUCUUCGAUUUCCCACCUCACUUACAGGGGAGGCGAGAAAAGCCGCACCGCAAGAAGAAAUUGGCCCCCAAAGCCCUUCCGAUGGCGGAGCCUCCCCUCCAGCUGGCCGGCGCCGCCUCCCGCCUCCAAGAAUUCCGGUCGCAGUUCGUCUUCGAGCACAGCUACAGCGUGAUGGCCAGCCCGAAGAAACUCAAGCGGCAGCUGGACCACGUGGUCAGCGAGCUGGAGGAGGCCAAGGAGAGCCUGCGCAGCGCCCUGGACCGAGAACGCCGCUUCCGCGCCUCGCUGAGGACCACCGUCCAGGAACUCGAGGACGGGCGCCUCAUCAGUCCACAGACGGCCCAGAGGCUGGUAGCCUUCUGCCGGGAGAGCCCGGCCCAGGACCGCGUCUCCUGAAUCACUUCCCGGGGAGACCCCCCCCCCCACACCCCUCCACCUCCCGGAAGCCCCCCGGACCCGGGGGUCGAGGCCGGUAGCCCUCCCCGCGGAGGGUACCGCGGACGUCCCUCGUCGGGAGCGAACCACGCCGCGGUCCUCUCCGGAGGACUUUCCCAAGGGACGGGGAUCGACGGCCUGACCUCCGUCGAUUCUCCCGGGCCGGCGCGAGGCAAGCGUUGUUUUGGGAGAGGGAUCUCCCGGUGGAGACCUCCGUCUCUGACCUGAAUCGGUCCGGGACGAUUCCCAAACUGGCCACCGCGACAAGAGGCAGAGAGAGGGGCCGGCCCCGGAGCCUCCCCCCGGGGAAGCCGCGAGCCGGUACGUCCCUCAGGUCGACGGGGGAGCGUGUUGGACUUUGAAAGCUCUAGCGUGGUCUUCGCGUCCCUCAGCUAGUGGGCGGCGCCCGAACGGGCUGGCAGGGAGGAGAGCGCAACGGUAGCCCUGGACGGCAGCUGUCGGUCGGCUAGUCUCUCUGACGGGUCAGGUGACGGCGAUCCCAAAGCCAAAAAUCCACCCCCGUACAGGCUCAGACGAACCAAAAGCCUUCAGGUGAUCCUCUAAAAAAAUGAUUAAUCAGUGGACUGGUAACACUUAGAUUUGGGAGGGGGAGGCGAUUGAAAACGAAGCGUCUGCCGCCAUUUUGCCAAGAAGACGUGUCUGGGUUGGGGGGCCUCUCUCUGCCCGAGGAGGAUCCCCGCGGAACCGGUCACGGGUAAGUCGCUUGUCCGAGAUGGAGAGGCAUCGUGUCCCUCGGGAUUGGGACGUACCUCCCACCCCUCAACUGGUUCUAAGCAGGAACCUCCCAAGUGCCCAUGAAAAACCACCUCCAUCAAAAUCCAAGGCCAACUAACCAAGUAGAGGUCAUGCGAUCUUUCGGGGACAUCCUCCAGGGACGACAGGACAGGACAGGGCAGAAUUGGCUCACCUGAAGAAAGAAGGGGGGGGCAAUCGGAAAGCCACCCCUGCCCCGUAACUGUAAUCUCCCCUUGCCUUAGCCCGCGCUCUCCGUGGGUUCUUUUGUUCCAGCUUGGCGCGGUCCCGGGAGCAGGCGUUGGCUUGACCGGAGCGUGACAGCGGACGGGUUGAGCAGGUGAUCAGAGUAGACUGGGACGUCUUGGCCGGAGAGAUGGGUGUGUUGGAAGCAGAAGGGAAUGUUUUCAUCCCAUCACGUCCCCUCCUGGGCCGCGUUCAUUACCGCCAGGAGCGAUUCGAACACUUCCCUGUCCCUCCCGGCGGCCCCAGGAGCCGGAGCGGUCGAGGCCGGGUGUCGGUAAGGAUGCCCAAGUCGGCGUCCCAUCAACUUUACAGGACAGAAUGAUGAUUCUUCCCAUUGAUUCGUACAAUAGGGAAGGGAAUAACGAUCUCUAGCCGAUCACGGUGGUUAAGAUUUCGGUACCGUUUAAGAGUAACGUCAGCACGUUUAAUGGCAUCUCGUAUUCCUGCCUCGCAAUCUUUGUCCCCUUCGGUCAGAGCCGCUCGUUGCAAAAAUGAGGCCGACCAGGCAGCCCCCGAGAGAAAGAGACACGAAAUGUGCAUUUCCAUCAGGCAGAAUUUCUGUUCUUUUUAGUUACCCUCCUCUUCUGACCCCGUGAAAGGGAACUGCAGCUGUAGCCCUGAGUUUGGAUGACGUCAAGGUGCUUGGAAAGGCAAAUUGUCGCUCCCUCCCUGGUCUGAGUUCAGUAUGGCGGAGAUAAGUGAGUUUUUGGUUAUUUUUGGUUUAAACGGGCAUCAGAAGUCGGAAGAGCCAGUGGAGCAGAGCCCAGGCCUGAGCCAAAAUGGCCCCGGGGCCGGGGACGCCAGGGACCCCGGCUCGGACUCGUCCACGCCAGAGCGGAACCUGGUCCUUUCCCCCGCCAGAGGUUCUCCCUGGGGUCUGACCCCGUCAAGGUGGAGAGAGGCAGUGGCGAAAAAUUCGAAAGGGCCCGUUACCACCUUGGGUUCUCGGAGACCAAUAGCCAGCGACCUGACCCAGAGAUGAUGACCGUUGAAUUCUUGGUGACAAAUAAAGUCUUUUGUAAGGAAAGUC